UCUGGUUAGCGAUUACAUCUCGUACCGCCAUCCAUAGUUUCAAGAAGUCCUAACACUCCCCUAAUAAUCCUCCACACCUCUUACUACUUCCUUUCGGUUUAACUUCCCUUGCUGACAUCUCCGUCGGCAGGAAAGCGAUCGUUGCUCCCCAGAUGACACUGUUAUUUGAAGGCUAUGUGGCUGUUAUUUUUAACCAGUGCCAAGCGCAACUUGCUGAAGUAUCAGACCUAUAACUCAGUGAUCAUUAAAGAGAGAUUCACCUCUGCAAAAUGGAAUUGUUGCCAGAUUCUGAAGCUGAGCCAUACUACUGUGGAGUCUGUGGCAAAGAAUUUCUUGUUCAUGCGUUAUUGGAGAAACACUUGAAAACCCAUACAGUAGAGAGACGUUUCUCUUGUGACAUCUGCGGGAAAGACUUCUUGAAAAACUCUCACCUGACAAGACACAUAAGAACACACACGGGUGAGAAGCCUUUCCACUGUGACAUCUGCGGCAAGGAUUUCUCCGAGAAUUACACCUUAAAAAACCACAUAAAAACUCAUACUGGAGAGAAACCUUUUCAUUGUGAUAUAUGUGACAAGGAUUUUACUGAAAGAUCCACAUUGAAAAAACACCUGAGGAUUCACACCGGGGAAAAGCCUUACCAUUGCACGUUGUGUGGGGACAGCUUUACGGACCAUUCCACUUUAAGAUGUCACCUGAAGAAACACACAAGAGAAGAGAAAUCAUUCCAGUGCGAGACCUGUAGCAAGAAUUUCACUACUAAAGCCGCUUUGAAAGGCCACAUUCGAAUACAUAAGAAGGAGAAAACGUUUCCUUGCAAGGAAUGUGGGAAAGAAUUCUCACUUAGCCUCCAAUUAAAGGCACACAUGAAAACACACGCCAAACCUGAGCCACAGCUGAAAUCGAAUAUUUUACGCUGUAAGAUAUGCGGGGACAACUUUCUGGACAAUGUUGCUUUAACAAGUCAUCUAAGAAUACAUAGAGACUUAAGCCACUGUGAAGCAAAGAAACAUAAGGCAUCAACUCCACAGCAAACGAUACCUCUUACCAAUUUUAUCAAAACCGAAUAUCAUAAGACAUCUAUGCUUGAAGCAAAUUUAGCAAUGCUUAUUUGUUGCCACUCAUCAUUUAAUAGCUGUGAUCACUUAAUAAAGUUAUGUAAGAAUUAUAUGUUUGAUAGUGAUAUUAUGUCCAAAGUGAAGUUGCAUCGUACAAAAUGUGCAAAUGUUGUGAGAAAUGUUCUAGCUCCAUAUUUUGAUGGAGAUUUGAUUUCUGAUAUAAGAGAUAGAAAAUUUAGCCUGUUAUUAAAUGAAUCCAAUGAUAUAUCGAUAACCAAGUUGUUAGGAAUAGUUAUAUAUUACAGUGACACUCACAAAAAAGUGGUACAUACAUAUCUCAAAGUUGAACAGUUGCUCAGUAGAAUGGGUGUAAUCAAAUCAAAAUUGAAAAACAAAAUGCAUCUUCCUAUGCUGUCUAUAAAAUAUGGCCUGAAAAGAUAUGGCAAAUGUUGCAAAAACUUUGAUGUUCCAAAACACAUAAUUGACAAGAUUGGGACCUUGAAUGUAUACAGAAGUCAAGACCUAGGCACUGCAGCUGUGAAAUUCAAGAAAUUAUUUCUCAAUGCUGAAUAUGUGUUGCCGGCCAGAGAGAAAUGUUGCUGGCUGUUUGGUGUCGGUGGACAGGGCGACCGCAUAGUAAAUCUACAAGACAUCAAGAUCGACAGAGAGAAAUGGUGUGACACGGUCUGGGAUUUGGACAAGAGCUAUUUGCAUGGUCAAUUGGCAUUGAGCUCUCAGAUCUAUCUCUUAAAAAUGGACUUAUUGGCAGAAUCUGAAGCCGAACCAUACUACUGUGGAGUAUGUGGCAAAGAUUUUGUCCAUAUUGUACAACUGGAGGAGCACAUGAAGGUACAUACUGUAGAGAAACGAUUCCCUUGUGAAAUAUGUGGGAAGAACUUUUCAAAGAAUUCUGACCUCUCAAGACACAUAAGAACCCACACGGGAGAACGACCGUUCCGCUGUGACGUCUGUGGUCGAGACUUCUCCAUGAACUAUAACUUGAAAAAUCAUUUAAAGACCCAUACUGGCGAAAAGCCAUAUCAAUGUGAUAUUUGUGAUAAAUACUUUACUGAAAGAUCCUCUUUGAGGAAACACAUCAGGAUUCAUACAGGAGAAAAACCUUACCAUUGCACCACAUGUGGGGACAGUUUUACAGAUUAUUCUACAUUAAGGACUCAUUUACGAACUCACACAGGGGAGAAACCAUUCCACUGUGAGAUCUGUGGCAAAGAUUUCACUGCAAAUUCUUCCUUGAAAAGUCAUAUUCGGACACACAACAGGGAAAAACCAUUUGUCUGUAAGGAAUGUGGUAAAGGAUUCUCAUUCAAAGUUCACCUUAGAGAACACGUGAAGGCACAUAACAAACCUGAACCAAGCCCUUUACGUUGUAAGAUAUGUGGGGACAACUUUGUAGAUGAUGUUGCUUUAACAAGUCAUUUAAGAAUACACACAGAGUAAUAUUUUGUUUAAUGGCAGGUGUUAUUAUUAUGUUAUUUUUAAAAUAAAUAUUUUGUUUUAUA